GUAUUCGUGAAGAGGCACAGAAUUAGCUUAUUGUUCCUUUCUGUAUUGUGCUGAGAGGAUCCAAGGGAUUGGUGGGGAGACAGGCAAGCCAGGCAUCACUGUGGAUGUUGAGGAAGGGAGUCACUCAGACUUCAGCAUCUUCAUUCACUUGCUCGCUCUGGAAUUAGAGCUAUUUAUUACGAAGCACUUUGUGGGCUUGGUGGAGUGUGCCUGAGGAAAAACAUCCCGGACAGCACUUGGGUUAAAUCUUUCCAAGCUCCUCACAUCUCUGACUAAUUCUCAUCAUUAUCAUGGAGCCCAACAGUCCCAAAAAGAUACAAUUUGCGGUGCCUUUAUUCCAGAGUCAGAUUGCACCUGAAGCAGCAGAGCAGAUCAGGAAAAGAAGACCUACACCAGCAUCACUUGUGAUUCUCAAUGAACAUAACCCUCCAGAAAUGAAUGAUAAGACGGUGACCAACACACAAGCAGAAUCACAGAAUGCAUCUCCUAAGCAAAGGAAGCAAAGCGUGUACACACCACCCCCCAUGAAAGGGGUUAAGCAUCUGAAAGGCCAAAGUGAAUCAGCAUUCCCUGAAGAAGAAGAAGGUGUAAAUGAAAGAGAGGAGCAGUGGGACCACUAAUUACCAGUCUGCAGCAAGAAGGCUUCUCGGGAAUAACUGAACAUUAAUUUUUCUGAAUGUCUCAUGAAAUUCCACUGCUUGACUUCCAGAAGCAUUCUUCAUCUGUUCACUCCACACUCAUUACAGUAGUAAUACACAUCCUGGGAGCCCUCUUGGACUGAACUUUCCAACUAAGUACAAAUUGUUCCACAUCACUCACAUUUAAAAAAUAAGCAUUUAUUUUACAGUGAUUUUUUCCUUUUUAAAUACAUAGAAAUUUGCAAACGUGACUGUUCUAACUUUAAUACUGCCAGAGCUUAAUCCCUGCUGUCCUACUGAUAUGGUUUGCAUUCUAAGGUCAAAUGUAGAUAACAUCACUUUAAGAAUUAAAAAAAUAAAUAUUAAAUACAUUUAGACAUGAA